AUGCCGUCGGCACCGUCGUGGUUGUUAAACUCGGGAUCGCAGACCAGCCACUCUGCGCCAAAGACACCGACCAUCAAGAAAGAGCCCGGAACAGAGGAGUCGCCUCGUGUACUUGCACAAGUCGAACCGACGCCCAAGAGCGCCAAACGGAAGGCAAGAAGCGAAAGCCCCUCGGACUCUGACCGAUCCAACGAUGGAAAGAGUAAGAAGAAGAGAACCGAGCGCCGGAACAAGUUCAAGACCAGUGAGGUAUGGCAGUACCUCGUGAGCGUGAGCUCCGAUACCCUUGACGAGCCCUAUGGCAGCUUGACAAAAACAAGGUACAUGCGCAACAUCGUGGCACUUCCGCGCAAGCGUGAGUUGCCGGCGGUAUGGGCAACUCGAUUGGCUUCUGAAAAACCAAGCAGCGAAGUCUUGCAGUUGCUCAUUGCCUACCUCGUUGGUGACGACCCCGGCGGUUUUCUUUGCGGCCUCAAUGGGCCCGAUUGUGCAGGAAAGUGGCGAAUCACCGGGCCCGCCAUGGCAACAUUCCUGGAUGAUAAGGAAGCAAUCCACAAAGCUUGCGCAUUCCCCAAGUGCGUCUUCUGCCCGGAGCUUGAAGAUUCCAACAGCACUUCAGGUAAAAGGAAGUGUUGCAAUACGGUAUACCGUGACUCUGAUGACCCUUCAAUGCCCGAGGUUUGGUUGCCGCCCACUCCCGCUCCUGCCCCCGACCCCGUUCCCACUCCGGUUUCAACUCCGGUGCAUACUCCGGCUCCCACUUCGACUGUUAAUCCGACACCUACUCCCGCGCCCUCGGCACAAGCAGCAACGGCACUCCCGGCAAGCCUCAAUCCAGAGACCCCAAGCCAUCAACUUCACCACGAAGCACAAGCGCAGGAGGGAAAUGUGUAUCUCGCCAGCCUCUGGGAGCAGCGAAACGAGGCAAUGUACCUCUCCGGACCCCUCAACGUCUCAACCAGCUACGCCCACUCAGCCGGUUGGCUUCACCAGCGCGAGGGCCAAGUUCUUCCCAUCGGCGCCGACAGCGGCGCAACUCUGCAGAUCCUCGACUUGGAAAACAAAGGCGCCACCGUUCCGCUCCCAAGCGACUCCCACAAUCUCUUAUGCAUAGUCUUUGAGGGCACCGUGGAGGUCAUCCUGCAAGAUACUCCCGUCUUCACCCUCUCGCGUGGAGGCCAGUGGAGUGUGGGUGUCGGGAAGGAGUGCAGAGUUCGAAACCCGCGUAUCGGAACGAAGGCCAUUUUGUACAACAUUGGAGCACCGGUUAGGCAGAACGACGAGUGAACUUGGCGACUAAUUGGGAAGAAAGAGACGACUUGCGUGGGAAGCAUUUGUGAGAAGGAAAUGGCUGGAUGGUUUCUGGGCAAACAUGGAGUACUGGCGCUUUGUGGUUGCGAUACCCCUUACUUUGAUUGCUUGGCUGAAUGGGAACUACCCGUUCUUGUGUUGGCUUUGCUGGGCGGAGGUAAAUAGGAAUAAAAUACGUCUUGCGAUCAUGACGAGACAGGGUCAUCGUUCACGCAGGCCACGGUUGUGGAAUGAGUCCUGUAUAGAAGUUGUGAGGAUAGAUGACCAUGAUGAGAAUUCAAAACUUGAAAAGCAACGGCUUGC